AGUGCGCGCGUCUACGAUUGAUUGUUCGUUCUUGAGGCAGCUACACACAAGCGCGGCGAAGAGGACAAUACAGCCCGCAGAUUCGCGGUAAUUUUUCUCAACACGAAUCGCAAUUGCUAGACAAACCAUUUAUCAAGAUGCCUAGGAAAGCGAUGAAGGUUAUUGUAGAGCUAGACGUUCACACGAUUACCUGUCCCGGGACAUUUCUACGCGAUUAUGGCUAUGUUUACUUGAAAGUAAACUGCAUGGGAUUGGAAGUGAAUACGAAAUCUGUACCACCAACUUUUCCUGUCUUUUUCCACGAGAGACUUCGGUUCGAGAGAGUUUUUAAAAGCUGCCAAGAUCCCGCAUACGUUUCAAUCCAUCUCAAAGGAGAAGACGUUUUAGUUGAGCUUCGGCAGCACGAUGAUUAUAUAUCAGAUGGUUAUGUCAUUGGUCACUAUGCAAACAAUGCCAGGGAUUUCCUUUACCCUGCUGUCCCCACCUACCCGGGAACAGGACGAGAAUUGACACUGUUCAAGACUUCACUUUUCAAUCCAAUAAGAAUUACUGGACAGCCAUUACGUCUGGAAUUCACAACCAAGACAACUAUCAAAGAAGUUCCAGACCCUGAUGACUUUAUCUCAUCUGAUUCUGGACUAGAGGAGCCUUUAACAGACAGUAUGUUACGAGCAAGUCGCCGCUCAAUCAGCCCCUCCCGUUCCCGAUCUCCCACACGAACCCAUUCCAGAUCACGUUCAAUAUCACCCAAGCGGCGCUCUUUCACAACCACCCCUAGGGCUGACGACACUCUAGCCAAUCAUUCUGGUCACUUUCUUGUUCGUCGUAAAGAUGAAAAAUUGCUAGAAAGUCGUGACUUUGGUUCUUUUACUCGCCCAAAGCCUAGACGAUCAAAGUCUCCUGUGCGACGCCCAAGAUCAGUUUCACCAUCUCGACUUGGGAACUCAACCGUGGAGCCAUUACCUUCCUGGAAAUACUCUGAAGACUUUCCGGCUACUUCAACUGCUCGGCGCCGUCACCACUACCGCUCAGCAACCGAGCCGCUGAGCCUUAGCUACUCCAGUAGGCCUGCUAGCCCCUCGCGAAGCCUUUCUUAUGCCUUGGAUGACCUGAAUGUCACUUCUAACUCGUACAAGAAGUUUAGCGACCCUCUGCUGCGGUUCAAAUCCCGCUAUUCACCGAAUCUCAAAGCUGCACUAGGAGCAUCAGAUCGCAUCCAAGAACGGGUAGAGCGCAUUUUGGACACAACGAGAAAUGUUGAGGAAGAUGUGGAGUCACUAGACAUCCUCAGGGACUCGUUGAGGGAAGAGCGAAGGGCCUUGAGUGAUGCUAUUCGUGAGGCUGAUAGGGCGGCGUAUUACAAGUCAAUUGGCCUUGACAUCUGAAUUAUCCAAACAAGACAAAAGACCAAUCCCUGCGCCGCUCUCCAAGGCAAAGUGUGUGAUGUCCUGUGACGUUCGUCCUAGUCAUUAUAACGUAUUUUACAUAUGGGGGUGUUUUUUAAAAUAGUCUAUGGGGAAAGCACUGAAUCCUACAAACCUUAGGAUCUAGGUUCGAAUUGAAUUGUCAAAGUCUUUGAUCCCAACUUGUUUGACACAUUGUGGAUUCAUAUUGAGUAUUACAUACCUUGCCAUUUAAAAAAAAAUCCCAAUCUAUUAUUUCAUGCUAUAGAAACAAGAUGGAGCCGUUUCCAUUGCAGGAGGGAUUUAAUUUCAGAGCGAUUCAAGCGGAUUUAUUUAUCUACUGAAAUGCUCAUAUCAUCUACAUAGUUUUUAUUGCACCACUGUAAUAUUCGUCGCACAAUAUGAGCAAACUCCUCCGUUAAGCCCCGUGCAAACUGCGCCAACACCUGCCAGCUUUGCUGGCGAUUUUUCGCUUGACUAACUAUAAGACAAAGGAAAUGUCAAAAUGGGAAAUGGAUUUUCAGAAUUUUCUUUGUCUUGUGGUCAGUCGAGCAAGCAUUUGCCAGCAAUGCUGGCAGGUGCUGGCGCAGUUUACAUAGCUUUACACACUUGGUUUGGUAAGAAUUUCCCUGUAGAUUUUCCGUAAAAAGCUCACACAAGGUUGGCAAAUUGUCACCCGCUCGGUGGAAUUUCCCAAGUGUUUUUAAAUGUCUUUUUCGUUCGGGGGAAAAUUUCUCACCAGGUAAGAGUGAAAUUGUACACUAGGGAGAGGAAAUCUCUGCCAGGCAGUGUCUGGAAUAUCAGCAAAGAAUUGCAAAGUCUUUACUAUCGAAUCCGUUGUAUCGCGACGCCGCAUUUUCAAACAUCGAUUUGUUUUUGUCUUUUGGGAUUUUUUGGUCCGCCAGUCAAAUUAUUCUAAGCCAAUCAGAUUCUUGCCAUCUCUCGUUCACCAGUUGCUCUGUCGCGAGACUCUGAUUGGCUCAGAAUGGUUUUACUGACGGAACAGAAAACCAAAACAAAUCGUGUUUUGAAAACGCGGGUCGCGAUACAACGGAUUCGACAGUAAGACAAGGCUUUGCUUUUAUGAGCAGAAACGAUAAGGGCUUAUUCAUGAAUAAUUCUAAGUAUUAAUUACUAUUAUUGUUAUGAUAAUUUUUACAUAAGUUUAUUUUUUUAACAAAUCAUAAAGUCCAUUAUUUUGCUUGACAUUAAGGUUGGUCUUUCUAGUCUAUGUUCUCUCUUUAAAACGCAUGCGACUUUAAAAGUUAUAGUCUGAAAAGCUGUAGGUAGUAGCCUUUCAACUGAAAUCAAUGGAAUGUGUUUGUUUCAAAGCAUAGGAGAAAAUUACCUUUGAUUCUCUCUGGUUUUGUUUCUAGUGCCAAGCCAUAGCUCUGGCAGCUUUUGGAGGUAUAGUCUGAGAAUCUGUAGGUAAUAGCCUUUCAACUAAAAUCAAUGUAAUCUGCAUUCAUCUGCUUCUUAUAUCCUAGAAAUCUAAUAUAUCACGUUUAAUCUUAAUAUAUUAUAUGGCUUAGAUGGUUCAGCUCUUUUAGUAAGGUCACUGUAAAUAUCUAUUCGAAAUUAUCGCCUUUAUCUACCAAAUUUGAAGGCUGAAUUUCAGGUUGCGAUGAAGCAAAGUAAAACCUUUCUUUUUUUUAUACGCAAUUGUAGCAAUCAUCUUUCGGAAUGAUGAAAGCAAUAAUUUCUAUUUAAGAUAUCAUUUUAACUUAUAUUUUACAACAGUUUUAGUUUUAGAGACCAAAACAUAGAUCUGCCUUCGGAAUGUGCAUAGGAGAAAAUUACCCUUGAUCCUCUCUGGUUUUGUAUUUGUUGCAAAGUCAUAACUCUAACAGCUUUUGGAGCCAUGUUUCCUUAUAUUCCUUUCCUUUGUUAUAAAAUCGAUGAGAUUCUGACGCUAGAAUGGUCGCGUUUCUAUGAAGCUAAAAAAUAAUCGAUUUUUUUAUUACUUUAUGUUCUACGUUUGCUUAGCAGAGUGUGUAUUAUAUAUGAAUGAAAAUGAUUCCAAUUUUAGGCAUAGUGAGUUUGAGAUUUAAUGAAUAAAAGAAUAUUGUAUAUUCCUAAUAUUUUA